CGUCUUUUAUCACAUUGAAUUCAUCCUUCUGUGUUCUGUUUCUUUCCUUUUCUUCUUGGGCGAAACCCUAAUCUCCCCCCUUCACCCUUCGUACACCGCGUCGCAUCUACUUCCAUCUUCUCUCAGAUCCAAUCUCCGAUUCUUGCUUCACUAUCACAAGCAAACAUGUCUGCGGCUUUGGAUAUGACCCUCGAAGAUAUAAUUAAGAACAACAAGAAAUCUUCCCCCGCCAACACCAGGGGCCGAGGCCGAGCCUCGGGACCCGGACCCGCUCGCCGCCUCCCCAACCGUGCCGCCAAUCGCGCCGCACCGUAUGCCGCUGCCAAGGCGCCGGAGACAGCUUGGAAACACGAUAUGUACGCGAACCAGCCAGUGGCCGCGGCGUAUCCAGGUGGUCGAGCGUCUUCCAUCGAAACAGGGACUAAGCUCUACAUUUCCAAUUUGGAUUAUGGCGUUUCCAAUGAUGAUAUUAAGGAGUUGUUUCUUGAAGUUGGCGACGUGAAACGGCAUAUUGUUCAUUAUGACAGGAGUGGGAGAUCCAAGGGUACGGCAGAAGUAGUCUUCUCGCGCCGAGCUGAUGCUGUAGCUGCAGUGAAGAGGUACAACAAUGUUCAGCUGGAUGGGAAACCAAUGAAGGUAGAGAUUGUGGGGACGAACAUCGCUACACAUGCUGCACCACCCGCUGUGAAUGGAACUUUUGGAAACCCAACUGGAGUUCCUAGAAGUGGACAAGGGAGAAGUGGGUCAUUAGGAAGGCCACGUGGUGGGAGUAGAGGUCGUGGCAGCAUUCAACGGGGCCGGGGACGUGGAAGAGGAGGUCGUGAUGAAAAGGUAUCUGCUGAAGAUCUUGAUGCUGAUUUGGAGAAGUAUCAUGCUGAGGCUAUGCAAUUAAACUGAAGGAAACAACGAUGUUCUGUUUUAUUGCUAUUACAUUUGCGGUUGUUAGGGCCAUGUUGAUGGAACACCGCCGAAUUAUGUAUCUUUAUCACAGUCGUGCUUUUCGGAAAGGAAAAGGAUAACUUAGAGUGAAAACUUUUACAGUUGAUAUAUGUAGUUUGGGAUUCUGUUAUGAAAUAUUUGUUUUCGUUGGGUAUGACUAUGAAAUGUGGCUGAAGAAACCGAAGUCUGCUUGUAUUAUGCACUCCGGCUUCCUUUCAUUGGAUUUAAUCAUUUGUUUAUUCAAGUAUUCAACAAGUGGGUUUGGAAGUGGGAACCAUGAUCUCAUCUAUGCAUGCACACAACACAAAGAAAGCAUGGGCUGCAUUGUAGGAGGCUGCAGAAUUCACCCAUUGUUGCUUUGUGCUUUGGUUAAAACUAUUAAA